CUGGUUGUGCUCACUAUUGGUUCAUUCAGAGUUAGCCUCUCCUUGGCUCCCACAACGAAUUCAGUUCGUGCUGUAUCCGUACUAUUCGGACGACGUCUAGCGUCUGUUCAUCAGUCGAAAGGCAGAUUUUACUCCUCAUCAGUGAAUUCACCGUCUAAAAUGGUUGCUGACGAUCUUAAAGAAAAUGUUCCGCUCCAAAAGGAGGCUAAGAUAUCCAUGGCACCGACAGAGUUGAAGCCAUGGCCAGAGUUCAUCCAAAAACGCAUUGACAUGUGGGACAGGCUAAUGGCAGAAUACAAGGCUGAUCUCGCUCAGAAGGAUCCAACACCUAUCAAAAUUACUCUCCCUGAUGGCAAGCAGUUCGACGCUGAAGCUUGGCGAACGACACCUCUGCAAGUUGCUGAGAAAAUCUCUAAGGGUUUAGCCGAGAAUACUGUGAUUGCUAAAGUCAACGGAGAGGUGUGGGAUCUUGAUCGACCGUUCGAGGGUGAUGCUACCUUACAACUGCUGAAGUUCGAUGACGACGAAGCGAAACAGGUGUUCUGGCAUAGCUCAGCCCAUGUCCUCGGAGAAGCGAUGGAGCGCUACUGCGGUGGACACCUUUGUUAUGGGCCACCCAUUGAAGAGGGUUUCUAUUACGAUAUGUGGCAUGAUGUGGGUCCAUACGGUCUUUUUAUUCUUAGACAUUUGAAUAUUCUUUGCACUUCUUUGCUUUUACAGAAUCUAACCAUUUCGAAAGAAGAUUUCCCAAAUAUCGAUCAAAUCGUAAAAUGCGCCAUCAAGGAUAAACAGCCGUUUGAGCGUUUGGAAAUGACGAAAGAAGAUCUCUUGGAGAUGUUCAAGUAUAAUGAGUUUAAGGUGCGCAUUAUCAAAGAGAAAAUUAAUACCCCGAAAACAACUGUAUACCGCUGUGGUCCCCUGAUCGAUCUUUGCCGUGGCCCGCAUGUGCGACACACAGGAAAAAUCAAGGCUAUGCAAAUCACCAAAGCGUCGGCGUCAUAUUGGGAAGGAAAAGCAGAUGCUGAGAGCUUGCAGCGAGUUUAUGGAAUCUCGUUCCCUGAUCCGAAGCAACUCAAAGAGUGGCAGAAGUUCCAGGAGGAAGCAGCUAAACGCGACCAUCGUAAGCUUGGACGAGACCAGGAGCUGUUCUUUUUCAACCCUCUGUCGCCUGGAUCUGCCUUUUGGUAUCCAAAAGGUGCUCACAUUUACAACACUUUGGUGAAUUUCAUUCGGAAAGAGUAUAGAAAACGUGGCUUCACUGAGGUUAUCACACCAAAUAUGUACAACAGCAAACUAUGGGAAACAUCAGGGCACUGGCAACACUACGCAGAUGAUAUGUUCAGGAACGAGAUGUCUGGCGCUCUAACUGGACUGAUUCGUGUGCGACGUUUCCAACAAGAUGAUGCUCACAUCUUCUGUCGUAAAGAUCAAAUUUGGGACGAAAUUAAGGGUUGUCUGGACUUCUUGUCCUUCUGCUAUGAAAAAGUAUUCGGGUUCACUUUCAAACUAAAUCUUGCAACACGUCCUGAAGGUUUCCUCGGAGAGCUGUCGACAUGGGACGAAGCUGAGAGUGAUCUCAAAGCUGCAUUAAACGAGAGUGGAAGGCCUUGGAAAUUGAAUGAAGGAGAUGGCGCCUUUUAUGGACCUAAAAUCGAUAUCAGUAUUCAAGAUGCAUUAAGACGUAAUCAUCAGUGCGCAACGAUUCAGCUCGAUUUCCAAUUGCCUCAGCGAUUCGACUUGAGUUACUUUGAUGAAAAAGGUGAGAAGCAGCGACCUGUAAUGAUUCAUCGCGCUGUGUUGGGAUCUGUCGAGAGAAUGGCAGCUAUUCUGACUGAGAACUAUGGUGGAAAAUGGCCAUUUUGGCUGUCUCCUCGACAGGCUAAAGUCAUAACUGUGCAUGAAUCGGUGAAUCCGUACGCAAGACAGGUUGAAUUCGAUGAAGGUUGCCCAGAUACUUUGAAUAAGCAGAUUCGAAAUGCACAAUUAGCUCAAUUCAAUUUUAUUCUCGUAGUUGGACAAAAAGAAGUUGAACAUGGCACUGUAAACGUUCGCACAAGGGAUAAUGCGGUCAGUUGUUCGCAGGACCUUAAACUUGUUCCCAACGUACUUCUGUUCUUAUGUAUCAGCGAGUUUGCUAUAUGGGACUUCCUGUUGAAAACCUCACAUUCCAAGUGUAGCUUCUUCCCAAGAGGUACUGGUGGUUCAAGGUUCAAGAGAGACCCAGCUUCCAAGCCGUCAAAGGCCUUUUCUCCCAAUAGUCCCUGA